AUGGUAUGUGGCGAGAAUCCACUGGUACUUAAUGAAGAGGAAUUGAGAUUGACCUCUCCGCUAAAUUCAGACACCAUCUUGAGGGACUCUGGGAACGAGAAGGGUUCAGUCAGAUUUUACUGUCACACCCACAGGAUGCCAGCCAUUGAUCUUUUCUCCUGUGGUCAUCUUUUUCAAGAUUUUUUCUGUCUUCAUGAGGAGAAAUCAGAGGGAGAAAGGACAGUGACUAGGUGUCUGACAAAUUAUUCUCAGGAUCUGGUGAUCCUUGAGGAUGUGGCUGUGGAAUUCACCCAGGAGGAGUGGACUUUGCUGGAUCCAACUCAGAGAAACCUGUACAGAGAUGUGAUGCUGGAGAACCACAGGAAUCUGGUUGCAGUAGAUUGGGAGAUUUGUCUUAAUACCAAAUGGUCAGCACUUCAGCAGAAUAUUUUGCAGGGGAAAACACCCAAUGGAGUCUCUGAGCAUUAUGAAUUUGACAAGUACUUUAAACACUCCCCAAAAUACAUUCAUACAUUGUUAGCUCAAUAUUUCAUAUAUAGAAUUCAGAUAAAGUUUUUGAAAAGUAAUUUCAUCUUGAUCAGUUAUCAGCUAAAUGCUAUAAGAAUCCCUGUGAAACAUAACAAUUCAAGGCAGAGGAGAGGAUCUCUGAAUGUAAUAAAGCUGGAAAACUUUUAUAAGACCUCACCAAUCUGUUCAUCAACAGGAGAGAAACACAUUGGAGAGGAAUUGUUUAACCAUUGGGAAGAAACCUUGAGUGAACACUGCUGCUUUAAGACUUACAAGAGAGCUCACAAUAGAAAGAAAAUGUGUGAUCAGUGUGUAAAAGCCUUUACAAAGAACUCUGCCUUUACAUACAACAAAACUGAUAAUGGAGAGAACCCUCCUAACUGUAAUCAGUGUGAAACCUUAAGCCAAAAUGCACAUCUGGUUCACAAGAAACCUUGUACUCCAAAGAAACCUUAUAAAUACUGUCAGAAAGGAAUUCCUUCUUCCUCACACCUUAGAGAAUAUGUAAGAAUUCGUAGUGGAGAGAGGCCAUAUGCCUUUAAGAAAUGUGGGAAAGCUAUUUAUCAUUCUACAAGCCUUUUUGUACAUGUGCAGAUUCGCAAAGAAAAAAUGUCCUAUAAAUCUAAAGAAUGUGGGAAAACCUUUAGUUGAUCUUCAUAUCUUAUUCAACAUUUAAGAACUCAAAGUGAAUUAAUGCCUGUGGAAUGUAAGAAAUUUGACAAAGCUUUUUCUUGUUCCCUAGAUCUUGCUAAACAUGUACAAUUUUAUACUAGAGAGUAACAUUAUGUUUGCAAAGAGUGUAGUAAAGAGUUUACUUGUUUAUCAGAACUGAAUACUCACAUGCGAAAUCACACCGGAGAAAAACCCAAGUGUAGUAAAUGUGAGAAAACCUUCACUGAUUCUUCAGGUCUUAAACACAGAGGAACUUACACUGGAGAGAAGCCUUAUCAAUGUGAGGAAUGUGGAGAAGCGUUUGUUAGGUCAUCACACUUUACUGUACAUAUAAGAACUCACACUGGUGAGAAGCCUUAUCAAUGUAAGGAAUGUGGGAAAAAAGCCUUUAGUAACUCAUCUUGCUUUGAAAAUCCCAUGCAAACUCACCCUGAAAUGAAACCCUAUGAUUGUAAGCAGUGUGGGAAAGCCUUUAUUUGAUCCUCCUUUCUUAUUCAGCAUUUAAAAAUUCACAGUGUAGAAAGACAUUUUGAAUGUGAGGAAUGUGGGAAAUCACUUAGAUACUCCUCAUACGUUAGUCAACAUGAAAGAACACAUACUGGAGAGAAGCCAUAUGAAUGUAAAAAAUGUGGGAGAGUCUUCACUAUUUCAUCAGGCCUUACAGUACAUGUGAGAACUCACACUGGUGAACGACCUUUUGAAUGUAAGGAAUGUGGGAAAGCCUUUACUCAACCCACAUAUCUUAUUUGACAUUUAAGAACUCACAGUGGGGAAAAGCCAUAUAUAGAUGAGGAAUGUGGGGAAACGUUUAGUACUUCAUGCCUUACUAAACGCAUAAGAAUUCACACUUGAGAGAAGCUUAUGCUUGCAGAGAAUGUGGGAAAGCCUUAAAUACUUUCUCUUUUUAACUUGUACUAAUUCAUUAUAAAGGUAACCUUAUUAUGAGGAAUGUAGGAAGCCUUUAGCUCUGUCUUGUAUUUUACUGUUCAGCUAUGAUUUCACAGUUGUGAAAAAUCUUAUAAAUGUAAGAAGGGUAGGGGUUUUUUUUUGUUUUGUUUUUUUGUUUUGUUUUUUGUUUUUUAGUUUUAUCCUUCAUUUGGGGGAAAUAUGAAAGCACACAUUUGGUUUGAAAAUGUGUGCACACAUUUGAAAGCACACAUAGGAUUUGAAGAGAUCCUAUGACUGAAAGAGAUAUAGGAAUGUCUUUGAUCUUUGUUAUUAGGAAACACAACUCACACUGGACAGGAAUGGUAAAUUAUAAAUGUAGGGAAUGUGGAAAAAGGCUUUGUUAAUUUUAUUUUACAUGUAGUAAGUCAUGUUAGAUUAUGAAUGUAAAAGCAAUACUUUUACAUAUAUUUUUAUAAAAAUUGAAAUCCUAAAAGGGUUUUUAAAAUGAAAAGCCUUUGCUACAAAGGGUUUUUAAACAAAAUCUAAAAGUAUAAAAAUUUUGGUAAAGUAUAGAGUACAAAUUUUCACUUACUGCAUAUAAGAAAAUUGAUACUUGAAAAGAAAACCAAGAAAAGCAUUUUUAUUUAAAUGAGUUGCCUUUCUGUGUGUGUGUCUUUUUUUCAAAGUAGACCCACAGUUUUAAAGACUAAUGAUGUUGAACAUCUUUUCAUGUACUUAUCAUCCAUUUAUUGUUGAUGAAGUGUGUGUUCAAUAUCUUUUUUCUUGUUAGAGUCUUUGGUUAUUAUUAAGUUUGGUUUUCUUAACAGGUUUAUUGAGGUAUAAUUGCCAUGCAACAGAUUGCACAUAUUUUAAGUGUACAGUUUAAGUUUUAAUGCAUGCACAUAUCCAUGAAACCAUCAGUUGUUUUCCUGUACACUAACAAUGAACAAAUAGAAUUUGAAAUUGCAAACACAAUACUGUUCACACAACAAAAUAUGUACUAGAUCUCUCUAGAUCUAGAGGAAUACUGCAAAAUUCUGAUGAACAAAAUCAAAGAACUGAAUGAAUGGAGAGAUAUUUAAUGUUCAUGGAUAUACUCAGUAAUUGUCAAGGUGUUAGUUCUUCCCAAUCUCACUAAUGGGUUCAAUCCAGACAAAAUUCCAGCAACUUAUUUUGUGGGUAUUGACAAGCUGAUUCUGAUGUUUAUAUGAAAAAGCAAAAGACCCAGAAUAGCUAACACAGCAUUGAAAGAGAAGAACAAAGUUGGAGGACUGAAACUGCCUGCCUUCAAGACUUACUAUAAACCUUGGGGCAGCUGGCUGCCUCACUAAGAAGAAUGUGAUCUUGGGGUCAUGAGUUUGAGCCCCACGUUGGGUGUAGAGAUUACUUAAGAUUAAAAAACUAGAUUUACUAUAAAUCUACAUUAAUUAAAACUGUGGUAUUGAUAAAAGAAUAGAUCAAUGGAACAGAACAGAGAGCUCAAAUAGGCCACAUAAAUAGUCAACUGAUCUCUGACAGAGGAGCAAAGGCAGUGGAAUGGAGUAAAGAUAAUUCUUUCCAACAUAUGGUGCUGGAACAACCAGAAAUCCACAUGCAAAACCAUGAAUCUUUACAGUCUAUAUUUAUAAAGAUUAAUUCAAGAUGCAUUAUAGACCUAAGUAGAAAACACAAAACUAUGAACUCCUAGAAGAUAACAUAGGAGAAAACCUGGAUGUCCUUGGGUGUGGCAAUCCUUUUAAAAUAUAACACCAAAAUAAAUAAAUA